AUGUGCUCUGAGAUCUUCCUGGCGGCCGAGUUCAGCGAAAUCGCCUGCAUCGCCCUGGGCAUCUAUCUCUUCGGCAUGGUCUAUUCCCCUGGCGAGGGACCGGUACCUUUCACUUACUCGGCCGAGGCAUACCCGCUGUACAUCCGCCCCAUCGGCAUGUCUCUGGCGACGGCCACGACGUGGUUCUUCAACUUCCUCCUUGCCGUCACCUGGCCUUCUCUUCAGGCGGCCUUUACGCCGACGGGCGCCUUUGGGUGGCAUGGCGGUUGGAACAUCAUCGGCUUCUUCCUGGUGUUGCUGCUCGUCCCGGAGACUAAGGAGAAGACCCUCGAGGAGCUGGACGCCGUGUUCAGCGUUCCACUGCGGACUUUGGCGCGGUACGGGCUCGCGCAGUUCUUCUACUUUUGGAAGAGGUACAUCUUUAGGCAGGACAUUAGCCCGCCUGCUGUGCCGCAUGCUGGAGGGGUUGACUAUCAUCGGGACUCGUUCAAGCAGGAGAAGCAGCACAACCCGACUGCUCGUGUUUAA